UUUACUCGCAAAGUUAUAGAGCAUCGAAAGCCAAAAGUGGCACUUGUGUAGUUUGUGGCAAUACUCAGGGGCUUAUAUUUAGUACAUAAUUUUAUAAUCCACAUUCACAAUCACAAUUCACAGGUGCUAUUCUUACUCAUAACACUCUGCAAUUGCUGUCUCUUACCCCUUUCCUCUGCUUCUCUCUCUCUUACUCUCUCUUCACUCUCAAAUGAAGAUUCCUCUCCUCAUCUAAGCAAGGUUCUUUUUGGAUCUUUCAUCAUUAUCCCGGGGUUCUAGACUCCUAGUAGCUGAAGAAAGAUGGUGUUAGCAUCAAAAGUUAUUGCUUAUUUGGUAAAAGAUAAACUUAUUAUCAAGAGAUACUUUGGUGGAUCAACUUGUUGACAUUCGGUAGCAUGAGCACUUGUGUUUCUUUUAUAAUAUUGAAAUUUGGUUAAUUUAUUCGAAUCAUCCAAAAGUAGUACGUUCUUUCAACAGUAUCAAUGUCGAACAGUUUGUACUAUCAGCCUAAGAGAGAAAUUGAUUUAUAUCUCAUGCCUCAGUGUCAACCCUUGAAUCCUCAACUCUGUUAUUCCAACCUCAGCAAUGAAAGUUAUCCAACCUCAAAAAAUUUCCCUGGACAGUACAGCACCCUUGAAUCAUCAACUUUUAUUGGUAGCCCUGGAUCACUACUUGAUUCGAGUUCUUUCCCGCCUGAUCAACACUGCUCUCCUGACAAUGCCAAUAACUCGCCUUUGAGUAACUCAUGUGUUACAGAUGAUUGUGGUGACUUGAAGUGCAAGCUGAGAGAGUUGGAAAGUGCGAUGCUGGGACCCGAUACUGAUGUAAUAGAUGGUUAUUGCAACAUGCUUGAAACUGGGUCUGAUGUAAGCCCGCUGGAGAUGGACAGCUGGGGUAAAGUGAUUGAGAUGAUUGCUCGCAAAGAUGUGAAACGGGUUCUUGUUGCCUGUGCAACAGCAGUUGCUGAGGAAGAUCAGUUGUUUGCCCAAUGGUUGAUGGAUGAGUUGAGACAGAUGGUAUCAGUGUCUGGUGACCCAAUUCAAAGAUUGGGUGCAUACAUGUUAGAAGGGCUUGUUGCAAAGCAGGCUGCCUCAGGUAGCUCCAUUUAUAAAGCAUUAAAGAGCAAGGAGCCUGCGAGUGCCGAACUUUUGUCAUACAUGCAUAUACUUUUCGAGGUUUGUCCAUACAUCAAGUUUGGCUACAUGUCCGCAAAUGGUGCCAUUGCUGAAGCCAUGAAAAAUGAAAGGAGAGUCCACAUUAUUGAUUUCCAAAUAGGCCAAGGGAGCCAAUGGGUCACCCUUCUACAAGCAUUUGCAGCUCGCCCUGGUGGGGCUCCCCACAUCCGGAUAACUGGAAUUGAUGACUCCUAUUCAGCAUAUGCCCGUGGAGGUGGGCUAAAUAUUGUUGGCCAGAGACUUUCAAGGUUAGCCAAGGCAUUUAAAAUUCCAUUUGAGUUCCAUGCUGUUGAUAUCUCGGGUUGUCUGGUUCAGUUGAAAGAUCUCGGAGUUCGACGUGGUGAGGCCUUGGCAAUAAAUUUUGCCUUCAUGCUACAUCACAUGCCCGACGAAAGUGUAAGCACCGAAAAUCACAGGGAUAGAUUACUUAGGCUGGUUAAGAGCCUGAACCCAAAGGUGGUGACGCUUGUGGAGCAGGAGUGUAACACAAAUACAGCUGCUUUCUUGCCUCGUUUUCUUGAGACAUUGGACUAUUACAUGGCAAUGUUCGAGUCCAUGGAUGUGACUCUGCCGAGGGUUCAUAAGGACCGGAUCAAUGUUGAGCAACACUGUUUAGCUAGGGAUGUGGUUAACUUGAUAGCUUGUGAGGGAGCUGAGAGGGUGGAGCGCCAUGAACUACUUGGAAAAUGGAGAUCGCGCUUUACAAUGGCAGGGUUUAAGCCGUACCCGUUGAGCGCUUUGGUAAAUAGAACAAUAAAGACACUACUCAAGAACUACUGUGACAGUUAUAGGUUAGAAGAGAGGGAUGGGGUUCUUUAUCUUGGAUGGAUGAAUAGGUAUUUGGUUGCUUCUUGUGCGUGGCAAUGUUGUUAGUUGCCUAGUCAGAUAUCUGAAGUUGAGAAAACAAGCUGUAAUCUGUAUUAUUUGCACUUUCUUUUAAUUAGGUUUAGCUGCUUGUUGAAGUAGCAACAUCAGCUCUUAGGCACCUUUUGUAUCCAGGGAGUAACUCUAUUUUGCUUGAAUGAAAGAAGCAGGAAGAGAACUUUUUCCAGCUACAUUUUACAUCGCA